GGUACCGAGUACAUGAUAAACCGAUAUAUUCCGUUUUUCCCAUUACAAGAUAUUCUUUCACUAUUACAGAGUCAAUCUAAUUAAAUCUGUUCUCUUCUCUCUAUAUCUACCAGCCUACUCAGCUCAGCCUCUGUCGCUUACCCAAACAAGUAAACAAUCAAGUCCAAUUCUCCGCAAUCUUACUCUUCUUACUCUUGCGGACUUGUCCACGGCCCGGAGCUUGUUUCAAACCCCGACUUUUUCGUACCUUAACUCCGGCCGCUGUGUGCCUGUUGCGUCACGAAACGAGGCGUCAUCCAUUAAUUUCCAGAGUGUUUUUUUUUUACCCAGUGUCGCUAUAGAGGUAGAGAGGUCGAGGUUGAACACUUAUUAACCUCGCCCUCCCCCCAGGCAAGGAAUGCUUAGACUUCAACCUUCUUCUGCGGUACUUCCUAUAUCGCGACUUUCUUCUUCAAUCACCGCUUUUAAUACUACUACAUCUACACGCAGUAUGAGUACUGACGGUACCGUUCGUCCGCCUCAUGGUGGGAGAGUUGCCGAUGCGCCGGAGGAGAUUAAACAGGCUGAGCUGAAGCCCUCGCAUGCGUUUUUGUUUCCGCUUGGUUAUAAAGAUGCUGCGUAUCAAUGGUGGACGAGUUUGGCACCGCAAGCCGUUGAGCGCAAUUUGUUGAACCUUAUGCCGCACCUUAAGGAGGCAAACGACAGUAUUACAAACAUCGAUACCCCCGAACGACCUGAUCCAUACGGUACACGAGUAUGGCGACGAACAAUGGUCCAUCUUUCCGGGAAAAACCGAGCCUUGAACGAAGUUACCGUCGAGCGAGUCGGAGAAAAGGAGGAGGAUGCUCUCGUCAUGAUCCACGGAUACGGCGCUGGUCUCGGUUUCUUCUACAAGAACUUUGAGCCUAUUUCUCGCAUGAAGGGACUCAAGCUCUAUGCGCUGGACAUGCUGGGCUGCGGAAACUCAUCACGACCGGCUUUCAAGAUCCAUGCCAAGAAGAAGGAGGAUCAAGUCAUGGAAGCAGAGGGUUGGUUCGUCGAUGCGCUAGAAGAAUGGCGAAAGGCCAGAAAGCUCGAACAGUUCACACUCCUUGGUCACUCGCUCGGUGGUUAUCUCGCAGUUUCAUACGCCAUCAAAUAUCCAGGCCGACUUAAAAAGCUCAUUCUCGCUUCUCCAGUCGGUAUCCCAUCUGAUCCCUACGCCGUCAACGCCUCCAUGCCCGAACCGAACACAUCAACGAUCCAAAACGAAAUCACACAAGAUCAACAAAGCGCAACCGAUCAAAACGGUACUCUCAAAAAGCACAAGCCUGCUUCAAACGUCCUACGACGACCUCUGCCAGGCUGGUUCGUCUGGCUCUGGGACCAGAACAUUUCUCCCUUCAGCAUCGUCCGAAUGAGCGGUCCUCUCGGUCCACGAUUCGUCUCAGGCUGGAGUUUCCGACGCUUCAAUCAUCUACCACCAGCUGAAUCACAAGCUCUUCACGAUUACUCCUUCUCGAUCUUUAAGCAAAAGGGCAGUGGUGAAUAUGCUCUAGCCUACAUCCUCGCACCCGGCGCAUACGCUCGUCGUCCCGUUAUCGAUCGCAUCCAAGAAGUCGGCCGUCAAACCAUCACAAAACCCGACGGAACCACAGUCAAAGAAACCGGUAUACCAGUAGUGUUCAUGUACGGAGAGAACGAUUGGAUGGACGUCGCAGGCGGUCUAGCAUCAGAAGAGAAACUCAAAGAAACGAGACAAAAGGCUCUCGAAAACGCCACCGAAGAAGAAAAGAAGCGAGAAAACGGCAGUGCAAAGGUCCUCCUCGUCCCCAAGGCCGGUCACCAUCUCUACCUUGACAACCCUGAAGUCUUCAACGACAUGAUCCGCAAAGAACUCGAAGACACGCGAAAAUCCGAGCAAAGAAAGCAAUAACCUCAAAUCUACACGUUUGGGUCUGGCUGACAUGAGUGAUGAAGGAAUUAACACGUCGGCGCUGUUGGCACACGCGGUAUUUUCUGUGCGGUGCGGGAUAUUAGAUGGGUUCACGACAUACAGACAUUGGAAAAAGGGCGUUUUUUUGUUACUGCACUUUUCUUACUUUUGAUGAGCUUGCGUGUUAGACUUGCGUAUACCUAUUUUAUCGCCUGCUUGGCAUGGCGUCUUAAGAGUAGACUGUACAACAUUGAUAGUCCAUUUAUUGUUCCACUUGACAACAAGUGUCUCGCCACCGUGUGUUGAGUACUUGAGAACCGAACAACGCUGAAGGAAAUGUAUUGACUUGAAAGCUAGAACAAAGAUUGAUUGAAAUCUAUGGGGAUGGGUACGCACGAACUACUGAAGUUGCAAUGCACUGGAUCGAUUCACACAUAGAACACACUGUACCAUAUCAUGCUCGUAGGAAUGAAAUUUAUGAAUUGUAUCAUCU